GAGAAAAAGAAAAAAAACCAUUGGAUGCAGAACGAAACACAGUGGUUCUGUUUUGAAGUGGGAGAUUUGCGAAGGGAAUUUCUCAGAAAGAAAAUGCCUGUAGAAAGACAUUCCUCUUCUAUCUGUGAAGACGAAAACAAUUUGUUCCUGGACAUACUGGAUGAGGCACCUCUAUUCGGUAAUAGGAGGCCUACAAGCCUUAUUGGGAGUGUUUUCUACUUUAUCUUAUUGGCAAGUUUUAGUGUUUUGGCUGUGGGAGCCACAUGGAUAUUUCACUCUAUUCGAGGAUUAGUUUUCCAGCUUCUUUGCAGUUGUAAUGUUGCCGUCUUAGUUAUCACCGGCAUUUUUCAGCAAUAUCUGGUAUACCAAGUGCAGAAAAUACGGUUGCAGGGUUACUGUGUUUUUAUUCAGAAGAUGAACCAUAUUAUUCGCUUACCAUUUGCAACAAUUGCAUAUGUUCCUACAGAAGUGAAUAUCCAUUUGAAACACUUCUUUUGCCGGAACUGCUGCAAUGCUGCUGGUCAUGCUUCACUGAAUAUUGAGAUGCUAUUUACUUUUGCCAAAAAGAGAAAAGAAAAGUAUUUCAUGAGAGGAGUAAGCACAUUGAGUUUGACUGUCACUAUCAGAGAAAAGAUACUCUCGGGAGAUAUUGUUACAAAAUUUGUGAAGCUGAGUGAUCAACUUGCAGAUAUCUUCACUAAGUCCCUCACCGAUCCUCGUAUUAAGUACAUUUGUAACAAGCUAGGUACAUAUGGCUUGAUAAUCAUGCUGGCUGAAGUAGUCUGUGCUGCUUCUUUCAUGACUCUCUACAUUGGUUAUGUUCAUCAAUACAAUUCAUUUGAUUCCCAGCCCGAUGUUUUAAAGUCACUUUAUUCUCCACUUCAACCAUCAAAUUCUUUGGAAGGACUGAGGUACCUCAUUAGAUUUACGCUGAUGAAUAUGAUUACAAGCUGCCUCCAGAUGAUGAAUGAUUUUCAGAUGUUCACUGGUAGCCUUUUGUUGCAUAGAUAUAAAGAUGAUGGUCGACUAUCUGAUCAGCUCAUGGCCUUACUGCAAUAUCAGCAAGAAAAUAUACACUUUCUGAGUGAAGAGAUUCUUGGAUUACAGGAAUCCUUGAGCAAAUAUGAAAGGUCUAAUGAUGGGAGUGUACUGCAGGUUGAUCUGUCCCACUUACUGGCUGCUCGAGACCAAGAAUUGCACACACUUCCAGCUGAGUAUGUAGAGGAAAAUGAGAGGCUUAGAGGAAUUCUAAGGGAAUGGAGCAGCCGAACAGCUAAGGUAGUGUUUUAUCAUUAUUAUCAUGUAGCAAAGCAGUAAGUAGUUAUUAUCAUUUCCCUUGGGUUAAAAACUAAUGUAUAUAGUUCCAACCAAAGUAGCUGCUAGGUUACUAACUUGCUACUUCUCAAUGGACUAGCCAAUUCUUUGCUCUUUUUGUUAUUAUGAACUGGGAAGGAAGUUGCGCUCUAUGCACCAUUCUAGGUUUGAUCAUGAGAAGCAUGCUGAAUGCAACAUUUUGAGCCUCCAGCCA